AUGGAUAUGGAAAACUGCGAAGAUAAUAUUGUAGAGGAGCCAUACUUAAACGAGCAUGAUAAAAAUUAUACCUGGAAAAGCUUUCGUGAACAAGUAGAAAGCCAUUUUCAAAGGAUUGAAAGAUUGCACCAAGUUCUUGGAACUGAUGGAGACAAUUCAUCCCUAUUUGAAUUGUUCACGACAGCUAUGAAUGCCCAGCUUCAUGAAAUGGAACAAUGUCAAAAAAACCUCGAAAACGACUGUCGUCAGAAAAUUGAUACGAUUCGAUUUUUAGCGUCUUCCCUCAAGUUGGAUGACCCCGAUGCGAAUCUUUGCAUAAAUACCCCUUUAAUUCAAUGCCUAGAUGAACUAACUCACAUUGAAAGUCAGUAUUUGACUCAAUACGACAAAAAAAUGACUACUAUCAAAGUUCUAUAUCAACAGCUAGACCAAACGUGUAAACAAUUGGGAACGACAUUCGCUAUUCCUGAUUUCGAAAAUUCGUUUUUGUCUGAUGUUUCAGAUGCACUUUUGGAUUCUUUGAGACUGCGUAAUGAAGAAGCACAGAUGGAAUUAGGUUCUCGGCUUGAACUCGUAAACAAUUUGGAGUCUGAAAUUAUACAGUUAUGGAUGGAAACUGGAAUAGAAACAGCAGACGAACCUUCGUUCCAAGAAUUAAAAAACACACAUAUGAAUCGACCUCCCCAGUUUUGCGUUCCUCAGAUACUAAUUACCAAAUUAUACGAGCAAAAGGAUAUGUUAAUUAACAUCAAAGAAAAAUAUGUUAUGCAGAUAAACUCUUAUCGUAAUGAAGUCCAUGAUCUUUGGCAAAAGCUCAAUAUAAAUGCCGCUGAGUUUGCUCACCUAGAACAAUCAUCCGGAGUAUACCGAGAAGACUUGAUCAAAUGGGAGACAGAGUUACAGAAAUUACGGGAAGUGAAAAAACAGCACAUUCCUUUGUUUAUAGAGGACGCUCGAGGAAAAAUAAAGAAAGCAUGGGAUGUUUUGUUUUAUACUGAUGAGCAACGUCAUUCGUUUUCCGCUGCUUUCGAAAACAUUUUAACUGAAGAAUCGCUUUCAGCUCACGAACAAUAUCUGGAAUCCUUGGAAAAUGAAGCAAGAGAAAACAAACAUUUCCUGAACCUAAUAGCUAAGUAUUCUUCUUUGUUGGAAGGAAAGCGUGAAUUGGAUGCAAGUGCCAACGAUUCUUCUCGUCUCAUGCAAAGAGGGCGUAGAGAACCGGGUUUGCUUUUACGCGAGGAAAAAAUUCGAAAGCGCUUGUCGAGGGAUCUGCCUAAAGUGCAAGCAUUACUUAUUCCGGAACUUUCAUCUUGGGAAGAGAAAAGCCAGAGGCCCUUUAUGUUUGAAGGUGAGCAUCUUGUACAAAAGCUUAAGGACCCAUCUCAAGCUAAAUCGAUUACCCGAGCGAAUGGUACUUAUAAUUCCAAAGCUCCUACAACUCCUAGUCAAACUACAAACAAGUCACCUCAAAAGGGAAGGAUUGCUAAUUUGUCUACUCCUACUUCCAGAAGCAACCAUCGCCCAAUUGGCAGCCCUAAGACACCGCUGUCUAGGCAGAAAGCCAAUGAAUUCAAUACGGCUCGAUCGGUGAGUGCAGACGAACCACAAACUACUGCAUUCAGUAAUCGAAGGUUACCUGCUACGGGGCGAUUGGAUUUGAACAAUAAGUUCUCUGGAGCUCGGUCUCAGAGUGCUAGGCAUGAGAACAGUAAAACAACGCCAUCACCGGAUUUUGAAAACACCCCUCUUUUUGGAAGAAGUAAUACAAAAAAUACGCCAACACCUCAAAAUCCUACACAUGAUCGCCGUCCCCCAUUCUCAUUGCAGGCUCGCUCUCAAGUGACUCCUCGAGCCUCACCGAGAGUGGUUUCAAAACCUUCAUCCAACAGCCCGUCAAAGCCGACAAAUAACAACGAUCACAUGGUUAAAGAUGUUUCAGAAAAGUUUAGGAAGGCACGGCUUGAAGAAAAUGAUAUUGAUGAGACCUUAGAAGAAGAUGCAGAAAACCUUCCUUUUUCUCCAAUGAAAAUCUCUCCUAUAAAACCGGUGCAAGCAUCGCCACAAACUACGGAUAAGUUAGGACCCCUCAUGCCAAUGGAAAAUUUCACCAACUGCGCACCUAUGGAAGAUGAAUGGGGCGAAGAAGGGUAUUAG